AGAGCUGUACCGGAACUUACGCGAGAUGGCUAAAAUGGUAGCGGCGCGAAGGGCACGUACGACUAGCUUGAAUUGAAUGGGAGUAGAGAAGCAGGGAACAGUUCGGCAACACGGCACCAAGCCGGCCGGCAUUUCGUGUACCGUCGUCGGGUCGCGCGGACGUUCUUUUCGUGUUCUGUUUCGUGUGUUUCGCGUCGUUGUUCAGUGUCAGUUACGGCGUUCUCCUAAGCGAAAAUCACCGAACGAAAACUCGCGUUUUAUUUUAACCAGCAUCCUCCUAACUUCUGUACCGAUAAUUCUCAGUGAAGCAAAUCAGAUCCUUACCAAUUGGGCUGAAUGUGCCGUAGAUCAUCCGAAGAAUGCGCGCCGAGUGGAGAAUCCCCGAAUGCAGGUAAAAUGUUCGUAUUUUAAGUGAAGAACAAGUGUUGUUACAGUGCAGUGUGCCGAUCAGUGGAUUCGGGAUCUCUGAUUGGUUUAGAAUGGUGCCGCGGGAUUCACAAGAGAAGUAUGCCAAUGGGAAUCUCUUGGUUGUCCGGAUCCUUGACGGUUACGAUCUCCCGUUCUUGAUCUGGUGACGAUCGCACACCAUACCACCAAUCGGGAAUCGGGUGCGCGCCGUGUUUUUGGUUUAGUGUUAUGUGUGAAUGUGUUGGUUUCUUCGUGGAACAAUCAUGCCGUUCGUGCUGCGGAAAGUGGAGCCGCGCUACCUGUGCCGCGGACACGUGCCAACGGGAUCGGCACCGCAGGGUUGGCCGGUCGGUGCCGAAUUGGAGGCAGUGGCAAACGGUGCGUUGACCAUCUCGCUGAAACAGUUGGCAUCCCUGCUAACCACCGCCGAGAGUAUCUUCGCUGACCUGACUGCCGAGCUGACCGCGGUUGCCGAUCGUAGUAGCCGGUUGCGGCAAAGGAUCGACAAGGUCGAAGAACGUCUUACCUUAGUUGAUCCGAAGAAAAUACCAGUCCCGGAAUCGGACAUUUGCACUUUCUCGGCGAGAACCGAGCAUUUCCACGUGACGAACAAACCAUCGACAGCGUUGUUCACGUCGGGCACGAGGCCGAGGGCGCUGAGAGAGUUGUACGAGGCCGCUGCCAUAGUCGCUGUCAGAGGAUUGGAUAGCCUGAGAAGGGAUGGCAGUUCCAUGGAGAUGUUCCUCUGCACGCCCGUCCUUGGCAAAAGACGGCGGGACCAGAGUCUGGACAUCGAAUCUAGAAUCCCGGCCGUUAUCGAGGAUCUACGCAGAUGGACGUCCACGGAGGCACUCGGGGACGUUACUGUACCGCCGGAUUGUAUGUCUAGGAUAUUAGGAGAUACGACGGACGACGAUGCCGUCGAUCACAAACUUCCCAGCCCAGAAGAACAGGUUCAAGCUGUCGCUCUCAAAUUCCCAGCAGAAAUUGUGGCGGUGGACGUAAGUGGAAGAGGAUUCGAAAGAAUGUCAAUGAGAAGGAGGUCUUUGUUGUCUGGUCCAGAAAAUCAAGAGACAGCUGUGAAAAGACGAUCGCGACUACGCAGGCCUCGAGGGAAAAGACGAAACACGAUCGCUGGUACCGAUCAAAAGGAAAUACGACAGGCAAUUGGCGGAGAAACGAUCGGCGAGGACGCGGACGAAACGAUAUCGAAUAUAGCGUCGAGAACGCAGCGGUCGGCGAGCACGGACAUCCUGGGCUCGUCGAAGAAGGAAUCGCCAACGGAGAAGAAGUCGCACUUCAACACGCUGAAAGCGUGGGGCAUGUCCCGGCUGAAGUUGAUCAGCCCGAAGUCCAGUCAGCAACAGGAUCAAGCAGCGCCGGGACCGGCGAGCAGUGCCACCGCGAACACGUCGUCGGAAGCGGAACAAGGGCAGUCCAGGUCGCCGGAAGAAAAGAACAUUUACGAAAUGGUAACGAGUAGGCGCAGGAAGGAAAAGUCGCACGAGAGGAAGCCCAGCUCAUCGAGUUCGAGCGGGAAGAGUAUCUCGAGUAUACCCGUGUCCGUGCCGACCACGGAGAAACAGCCGAGCGUGAAACUGCGCGAGAGCGCGAUCCAAAGGAGGGAGAGACGGAAAGGAAGUAACCGUGACGAUCCGCCGCACUCGAGCUCAGGAAACUGGAGUGCGUCCUCGGAGAGCGGAAGGGCGAGUAUCGGCAGCGAGACCACCACCACCACGCAUCAACCGAGGUCCACGACAACCGCCUCGAUUGGAACAUCCUCCACUUCUCUGUGUCACGUCAGGCGAUUUAAGGGGCGAGACACCUCAGCUUCGUCUUCCGUCACAUCGGAGGGUACGCUGACACCCGACAUUAUACAGGAUAUCGCGGUGGUACCUUUCUCCGAUGACGGUGAGACAUCGUCAGUGUACUCUUGCGACACGGAAGGGUAUUAUACAUCGUUCCACGUUGACUCUGGGUUAAAAACUCUACGAGAAGAGGAGCACGUUGUGCAGACGCCGUUAACGAAGUCCAACGACGUCAGUUCUGAUACAACUUCGCCGACCGUGGAAAACGAAUAUGAACUUUUCGGAAGAGGCUCCACAUCGACCACGACAAGCUCUGCGGGAACAGUUUGUACAGCGUUAUUAGCGCCACCGCCGCCGGAAAGAAAGUCCAGCCUUACCGUUGUUGCUAUGGUUCACGGGCAAAACCAAAAUGGCGGCGAGUCCCCUGACAGCGGACACAACACCUCGUCCUCUCCCGUGGAGUCCGCUUCGAGUCCGGCGUGCACAGGAAGAUCCUGCUCGGAGUUCGAGUACUCCGAAUCCAGCGAUCUGGAAGGAUGCGAGAGAGUCGAAAGAAUUCGCUCGAAAACCGCGAUCAACACUAGUCGCAUACCGUCCAUGUGCGUGAUCACGCCGCCCGGUUCCGACGACGAGCUGACGCGAGAAUCGGAACAGACGAGCAAGAAGAACGAGAACAGGAAACCGGACAUCCAAAGUGAGGGAUCGGUCCUAAUGUCAGCGACAGUUGGUACCUCCAAGAUGGAGGUGAUCAACGGACAAGACAAAAACCUUUACGCGACGGUCCAAAUGUUACCUUCGCCGGCAAAUGACAAGGUCACGACUGGACAGACGUCCAGUAACAAUAAGAUCAGCCCUCUCAGCGGGGUUCUAGGGAAACUUCGCGGCGUACUUCCGGGCAGGAAGCACGUGUCGAAGAGCAGCACAGCGCAGGAACAAGGGAACGCAGACUCCGGCGACUAUGUGACCAUAGCCGACGUGAGGAACAAUAAUGACAAGCGGCAAGAGUCAGGAGCUACUUCGGACACGGUUCCCGCUUGGUCGCCAGUUAUGUACGCGAAUUCCGAUAUAUUCAAGAGGGACGCCGAAUACGUUAGUUUAAGCGAGUUACCAAAAAAACCUGCCUCUUCCUUGGAGAGGAAGAGGCAGGGUGCCAGAGUUACGUUAGACUCAGAGGGCAAGGUUGUUUAUACGUCUGAUAGUUUGAAGAGGAGAAAAGGAGCGCACACUACUUUCAAUCCAGGUCCAUUCGUGAGAGAAGGAGUAUCCCCGAGCCCGUCGCCAUUGUUGCACCGCGCGGCGCUGAACAUCCGAGCGGUGACGAAGAGCAACGACGCGGUGGACGGUCCGACGAAGUUGACGCCGCCCACGUCGCCGCAGUUGGGUAAGCUGAUCAUCCGAGCGGCGAGAAGCCCAGAUCGCGCCACCAGUCCAGACUACGUGAGAACACCGGCGACCGUGGUGGGACCCACGAGUCCGACGACAGCGCACCGACAAGUCCGCGGCGCUUACGUGAACAUGCAGGAGGAUGAAGAUAACACUUUGUUGGCUAUCGAUUCGGUGCCUCCGCACGGGAUAAUUCAGCCGCCCUACGCCUCAGCCCAGGAGUCUGAAGAGUGCAAGAGGGAGCACAAGGCUCAGGAAGUCGCGAAGAAUACCCUAACUUCUCAGAAUGCACAAGCCCACUGCGAGAAACACGAGAACCAUGGAGCCCACGGACACCAGCCGCAAAAGGUGUACCCGCACGAUCCACGGCGGGACGUUUACAACAACAACAAAUAUCUCGAGCAAAACCAAGCGGAGAACUGCAGCGACUACCAGCGUGCCUGCAAGCAACGACAGAUCGUUAGCAUGCACAACGCGAGGAAUCAGCAAUACUGCGCGUCGGGCAGGCACGCCGGUGGCCAUCAGUUUUACACGCUGCCAUCUAGAAGACCGCGUAGAGACGUCGAGCCACCGCGUAGCAUCACGCCGGAUAUCACGAGGGGCCUCGGUCACGGUUCCUUGAGCGCUGUGCACAUGUUCGCGAUGCAAGGCCAAUUCGAGUCCCAGGUGGACUUGCACGGAAGGAAUUUGGAGAACUUGGAGGCGAAGUCUAGGCUGAUGCCGAACCGACAGCAACCGAUUGCGGGUGUUAGAAACAGAUUCGCUACACCAUUAGGACUGACCGCGCUCGGGUAUCGAUUCUUCGGGUCCUCACCUGUUCGUGAUCCUGUUACGAAAACUUCUAGUGCUGAUGCUUUGAAACACAAUCCAAUUUCCCCAACCAGGCACAGCCACGAUAAUAGUUUUACAACGUCCACGCCGAUCGGACGUACUAUGCCAACUAUUGCUGAUCGUCUGGCGCUGAUCGACAGCAACAAUUGCUCGCCGCCGUCGGCGAACUCCGGCAGAAACACACCGACGAACCUCGUCCUGUCGCCGACGAAGAGCACAAUGUCCAACGAAGAACUGUUCGCCGCCAUCCACAAGUCAAAGAAGAGGUUGAACAUCAGGGAUGAUGGCGAGAACCUUUCUCCGUACGGGUCAACGAAGUCGCUGGCGAAACUGCCGCCUGGGAACAGACACAGUUGGAGUUCUGAGAUGCAGAAACCACCAGUGGUACCUCAGAACGCUCAGACGUCGUCACCAGCAACGUCUAGAUUGGAUUUCAAACGUUUGCUGCUUCAACAGAGUGUUAAAACUGGCCCUACAAGACUGUCUGCAGCAGAACAGUUGAAAUUAUCUCGUCAACAGUCUCAACAACAACAGUCCUCCCCAAUGCUUCCACCAACAACUCCUCUGGCCAAAGUUUUGAGUCCUAGGUCGGUAUGGAGGUUCCAGACACCGCGAACAGAUGUUCUGUCAUCAACGAUAAUUGAAGACACUGCGGCUGAAGAGAAGGCAAUGAAGCCAUCCCCAGAAAAUACUUCCCCAAUAUCAAGACUGAAUGCGAGAAGGCAGCUGGAUCUCUGCAAUGAAGUUGUGGAGAAUUUAUGUAACUCUAACGCAAGAAACAAUAUUUCCGAUGUUUGUGGCGAUGGAGUACUACUGGAUAAAGUAAACGAUUCUGAUACAAUCAUUUCGAAGGAAGUUGAAACAUACAAUCGAAAUAUUCAAAGACAAGAGCCAACUGUACACGAUUGUACCUUGUCUGGGAGUGAUAGUUAUUUGGCUGAUAACCUACAGACUGUUACUACUCAAAAUUCAUCGGCUGUUCAAUGUGUUUCAAAUCCAUACCCCGAACAGAACAGUACAAAUCCAGCAAUUCAGUAUUCGUUUAACUGUACACAGCUGACGCCUUCGUGUCAAAAAGCAAUAAGCGCUUUUGAAUCGAGGAGACUCAGCAACCAAUUAGCUAGGGCACAGUUCUUAGCUGGAGCACCUUCGACCAACCCAGGUCAUAAUACUUAUGUCAGACAAAUACUUCGAGCCAGGUCUGAGUCACCUCAGAAUAUUGCAUCUCAGAAUGUUGCUCGCAGUCCCAGUGCUCCUACAUUGGAAACAGCUUUGUGAUCACGGUGUAGCUUUUUUGUGAAAAAAUUUCGGACUUUCACAACAAGAAUAAAUGAACUCCUAUAAUUACUUGCAUUUGUAGAGAAAGUAAUGGUCUUCGGUGGUUACAGUGCUUCUCUCGUAUAUGUAUAGCAACAAUAAAGACUAUUGAAUUUAUUUUAAAUGCAUGGAAUGUCUUUACAAGUUGUAUCAAAUUUUGUGUUUCUGGGAACAGCUAUAUUUAGCAUUUUUAUGGUAAAAAUACCUAUACUUCUUUUCACGUCAGGAAAUGAAAUUGAAAAAAUUCAUAGCCACAGAAAAGAUAUUGUCAAAUAUGUACCAUUGUUCUCAUAUAGUGUCGACUACUGUAGGUGAAUAUAAAAGUGAAUUGUUUAUAUUUUUAUUUAUUAUCAAUUUUGUCAGCGAUCUAAGGUUUUUCUUAAUAAUAUAUAAUGCCAUAUGUAAUAUGUGGUGGUCAGUAAUAUUAUAACUGGAUUGCGGAUUUCUUACACGUAUAUUAUAAAUAAAUUUAUAAACUCGCAAAAACUGCCAUGAAAUUAAAUAAAAUUUUUAAAAGAAGAAAAAUAUUUAUACUUGGUUUGUCUCUA